AUGUCAUCUUUUUGGAUUUACUAUGUUUUCAUAAAUACAGUGAUAAGUAUUGCUUUUUCAACCCCAAUCUGCGAAGAGUCGUACGGCUACGUGGAGGUGGCAGAAGACACGGAAGUUGGCACGAUUGUGAAGGAGAUUAAAUGUUCACCAAGUAUUGCUGGACCUGGGAAGCUCAGCUUUGUCAUUAAAGAUGGAAACAUUCACGGAAAAUUUGGAGUGAACACGACCAAUGAUGUAGGAAAAGUGUACGUCUACCAGUCCAUCAGUUUUGAGUCGAGGACAAUAAGAUUUCAACUAUCAAUUGAGGUGACAGAGAAUGGUCCAGUUCGAUCGACCACCAAUUACGUCCUUGAUAUACAGAUUACAGGGAUAAAUGACUACGCACCGUUAUUUCUUUUUUCGCCGUAUACCGUAUACGUCAAUGAAGAUAAGCAACCGGGUUCCAUUAUUUUCAAUCCAAUACCGUACGACUUCGACAAAGGUGAUGACGGCGCAACAACGUCAGUUAUACUCGUGACUGACAAUGGUGUCCCUCAGAGAAGGUCGUCCACAACUCUACUCAGUAUAAAUGUGAAGGACAUAAACGAUAAUGCACCGGUUUGCGAGGAUUCAUAUGUCACGGAAAACUUUGAUGAAACAAAAGAAUCAGGUUCGGUCAUCAAAUUUCUUAAGUGCACUGACGCCGACACGGGAAACAAUGGAAGGUUAUCGUACACUAUCACUGAAGGAGACUAUACCAAGUUUCGUCUACAGGGGCCAUAUCUUGUUCUUUCCAAAGAGAUCGACGUUGACACUGAACCAAACGUAUGGAGUUUGACCGUCGUUGUCCGAGACAGAGGAAACCCACGACUUUCUACAUUAAUUGAUAUAGUCAUUUAUGUAGAAGGUGUAGAUGACAACGCACCUGUCUGGGCGCCGCCUGAAAAUGGAAAAUAUGUGAUCGAUAUCGAGGAGCAUUCGGCAGUAGGGAAGCUUGUUGUUCGCGUAUCAGCAGAUGAUCUUGAUAGAGACGAACAUGAUUCAGUUGUUGUUUAUUAUAUGGACGACUAUAGCAGUAUUUUCACAAUUAAACCGACCACAGGAGAUAUAUUUUUAAGUCAAGAGCUUGAUCACGAAAAUGGAGGUACAUAUACAAUACCAGUGUCAGCAGUGUCACACAAUAACCCACUAGAUCGCGUCAGUACGAACGUCAUCAUUAAUGUGAUUGAUGUUAAUGAUAAUACACCAGUAUUUGUAAAGGUUGGUAAAGAUAAUGAUAUAUAUGUUAUGGACGUAUUUCAAGUAUACGUAUCGGAGGAUUUACCAGUAAAAAGCGAAAUAGCCACCGUGACAGCCACAGACAGUGACGCAGAUCAAAAUGGUGUUAUUCAGUAUAAAAUUAUCGGAGGUAAUACAGAUUCACUGUUUGACAUACAAUCGAAGACAGGCGUGAUGUCUUUAAUGGGAAACCUAGACUUCGAAACUAAGAUUACGCACGUAGUUUACCUUCGAGCUUCUGACAAAGGACGUCCGACAAGAUGGUCAACAUGCACAGUCAUUGUUUCUAUACUGCCAGUCAAUGAGUUCGCUCCGAUAUUUAAGGAAAUGGAAACAGUCCUUAUUCCUGAGGAUACCACAAUAGGCACCUCAGUGUUCACGGUUUCGGCAACGGAUAAUGAUAUUGGCAUUGACGGGACUAUAUCUUAUGAAAUUGGACCAAAUGAAAGCAGAUUUGCGAUUGAAUCGCGUACAGGUGUCGUUCGUCUAUUACAAACACUCGAUAGGGAAACGGAAGAAACAUUUAGCGUAAAAAUAAUCGCCACUGACAUGUCUGAAUCUGUCAGAAAGUCUGGAUCAGCCGUUGUAAAUAUCAAGGUUUUAGACAGGAAUGAUAAUCCACCUGUUUGUGAAAGCAGCUUCUAUUCGAACAAACUUGUUCCACCCACUUCUAGCGGCGAUGUGGUUCAAAAGUUAUUAUGUUCCGAUGCUGAUGAAGCAACAAACAGUAAACUUUCUUACACAGUUAUAUCCGGUAACACAAACAGUGACUUCUCAAUGUCGGCGGACGGUAAUUUGGUUGUCAUGCAAAAACCUUCUUCUCCUGAGUAUCGGCUAGAGAUUCAAGUGAACGAUAACGGCAAUCCAUCAUUGGAUACAUUAGUUAUGAUUGUAAUUAAAAUUGGUGGAACGCCGACUUUUAUUAAUCUGCCACAAUCGUUACAAAUCCCGGAAGGUGUCAGCAUUGGAACGCCCAUUUUUCAGGUAAAAGCAGAAAGUGUGUCGCAGCAACUUCAGUUUUCCAUAAAAAACAUAACAUCAAAUGGAAAAAAUACGGACAUUACAAGACCUAUCGUAAAAAUUGACAAGAUUUCUGGGCAUGUUUUUACAUGGAGUGACAUUGAUAGGGAAUUCAAUGAUCAUUACUUUAUUGAUAUCGUUGUUAAAGAAUCUAUCAGCGGUAAAGAAGUUGAAAGUUCUAUCGAACUUACAAUACUAGAUGAAAACGAUAAUAUUCCAAUAUUUGACAAAUCAUUUUACAACAUUUCCCUAAUGGAGAAUACAGAAGCAGGAACGGAGUUGAUAAAUCUAAUUGUUUAUGAUCCAGAUUUAAAGCAAAAUGCUGCAAUUUCCUACAACAUUGAAAAGGGAAAUGAAGGCAAUGCCUUUGUUGUAGACAAAAAUGGCGUUAUUAAAACAAGGAUUGCCGUUGACAGGGAGCGAAAUGACUAUUUUACUCUUAUAGUUACUGCAUCAGACAGAGGAGAAAUCAGACUUACAGGCUCGGCAACUGUCCUUAUUACAGUUUUGGAUGCUGAUGAAUACAUUCCUAUGUUUAUCAAUGUAGGUUCGGAUCUUGAAACUAAUUUGCCUGAAGAUACGCCCAUAGCAGCAAAGAUAUUUACUAUAAAAGCAAGAGAUCUUGAUGUCCAUAAAAGGAUAACUUAUGACAUUGAUGAACAUUCCAAAGAGCACUUUAUAAUUGAAAACGAUUCUGGAGAUAUAUUUUUGUCUAGACUCUUGGAUCGAGAGAAGCAAGAUAUGCAUACAUUGAUUGUUACAGCUGACGGAAAUGGAAAAUCUGUAACAGCAAGCGUAACACUAAGUGUUACUGAUGUGAACGACAAUGAUCCAGUUUUUAGCUCCAAUAUAUACAAGUUUAAUGUACAUGAACGUUCCAAAGCAGGAGAUUUUGUUGGUACUAUAGACAUAUCAGACGCUGAUAUUGGAGAAAAUGCUUUAAUCAGUACUUCGAUAACAAACGGAAAUAGAGCAAAUGCGUUUGUGCUUCGGUCAGAAAAAUUAUACGUAAGUGGAAGUUUAGACUUCGAGCUUAUCAAUGAAUAUCUUCUUGAAAUAGAAGCAAGAGACAGUGGAAAUCCGCAAAGAACAUCUACCGCGUCGGUAAUUAUCGAGGUCACACCUGAAUAUAGGAUUCCAAAAUUUGCUAUAGAUCUUGAAGUCAUACAUAUGUCAGAAAAUGUCCAUGUCGGUAACUCUGUUUAUGAUGCUGAUGGAACUCUUGACGGAGCUAGAGAAGGUCAUGGAAAUGAUUUAAUGUAUGCUAUAGAGAAUGGAAAUGAAAAUGGUUUUUUCUCUAUUACUUGGAAUACAGGCGAAAUAACAGUUGCGAGAAAGCUCGGCAAGAAUUUAGUGAAAAAUGUGUUUAUGUUAUUGCUAGUUUCAAAAAACAUUUAUAAACCGUCACUAAGUGACCGAAUGACUUUGAAAAUCGAAAUAGAUGAUGUUAAUGACAAUAAACCAAUAUUUGAAAAGAACAUGUAUACUUUGAAUAUUAACGAGAAUUCCAACAUUGGAGUUAGCAUUGGAAGCGUGUCUGCAACCGAUUUAGACAGAGCGCAAAAUGCUUUCAUUACAUAUAGUCUUAUUCAAAAUGAAGAUGCAGAAACCUUUCGAAUAGACCCAUUUAUUGGUACAUUAAGUUUAAAGAAAGAACUCAAUUUUAUGUACAAUACGAAUUAUCAAUUAUCGGUGAUUGCAUUUGAUAAUGGAUCACCUCGGCUUACAGGCAGCGCAUACGUCACCGUCAAUGUGAUUGAUGUAAAUGAUAAACCACCAUUAUUUGAACAAGAAAACCCAAGCAUAAAGGUUAGGGAAAACUAUGCACUUGGUAGAACAAUUUACCAAAUAAGAGCACAUGAUGGCGACACAGGAGUCGGAGGGGAGCUUUUGUAUAGAAUAGUUAAGGGAAAUGAUAACGGAACUUUUGAGUUGGACUCAGAGACUGGUGAGCUUACAGUUGCCAAACAAUUGGAUAGAGAAACGGAAAGUUUGUUUAUUUUUGUAGUGGAGGCAGAAGAUAAAGGGACGCCUUCAUUCACUGGCACAACAACACUUUCGAUCAUAGUUACUGAUGUAAAUGACAACACACCAUACUUUACCGAAAAUUCGUAUGAAGUUUCGCUUGACAGAUUCGCACCAGUAGAAUCCCAUAUUUUGAGUGUUACAGCUAAGGAUGCCGAUAAUGGAGAUAAUGCAAUACUUGAAUAUCAGAUUGCACAGGAUCAUGAUGAACUUUUUCAGAUCGAUGCCAAGUCUGGUCAUAUAUUUACAUUUUCUGAUUUGACAGAAGUUGUCAAUGAUAUAGAACUUGUUAUAGUUGUUAAAGACAGAGGAAUUCCAAGAUUGUCAACCUCUACAACUGUUCUUAUUGAUAUCCAUCCUCCUUUGGUUACUGAAACUGAAGAUUUUUCUUUUGAAGUAUCCGAAUAUGCAUCACCUAAUACCUUUGUUGGUACUGUAGGGCCUUCUGCAUUAGCAUCAUCAUCAAGAUACGCUAUAGUGAGUGGAAAUUAUCAGAAACAUUUCCGAAUUUCAGAGGAAGAUGGAAACAUUUUUCUAAAUAGUGUCAUUGACAGAGAAAGCUACACUGAUUAUUACAUUCGAGUUAAAUCGACGCACAAACUGAGUCAAAAUAUCCAAACGGACAUCUAUGUUCAUAUUUCUGUAAAAGAUGAAAAUGAUAAUUUUCCGAUAUUUGAAAAGCAAUAUUACAAUAUUCUGGUUCUAGAGCAUACACCUAUUGGUUUUAGUGUUGCUUCUAUCAUCGCAAGUGAUCUUGACGAAAGCAGUAAUGGAAGAGUUACGUACAGUAUAAAAAACGGAAUUGAGGGUGAUGCUAACAAGAUAUUUGAUAUAAACGAAAAUGGCACUCUAAUCGUGCAGUCGUCCAUCUCAUACGAGGCUGUUGAAUAUUUGAACUUUACAGUUGUUGCUAAAGACAACGGACAGUAUUCUAGGCAAGGUUCAUCGGAAGUGAAUGUUCAGAUCGUUGAUAUAGAUGAAAAUGUCGUUUCAGGGAGUAAAACAAGUGUUUCAACAGUCAUUAAUCUUGAAAUGCCAGCGUCGACUUAUAAAGAUUUUGUUGUUGGUUGUUUAGAACCAGAAAUGUUUGGCCUUAAUAUAUCUGCUAAAAAGGUAAACUAUCUUGCACAGUCUGGACACAAUGUCUUUUCUUUAAGAACAGACACAGGAUGUAUCAAAGUGAAAAAAGACACUGAUCUUAAAGACGGAGAUAGUUUUCUGAUUUGGGUGGCAGCAGUUUUGUUGACAUCAGACAAAGCGCGAGGCCGCCUUGCACUUGUCCGCGUGGACACUUUUUCUCCAAGCAAACAUGUAGUGGUAUUUACGCAUAGCGUCUCAAAAGAGGUUCUAGAUUUGAAUAGUGACUUGCUUCUAGACCGUCUUCACGAUUUGUUUCCUUCAAAUCAACCAAGAUUAUGGAAAACUGAAGAACUUUUUAAACCUGUGCGGAGAAAACUGUUGUUUCAAGGCUCCAAGUCCUACAUAUACAUCAUUCGUGGCAACGUGACUGACAGCAUUUCUGAGGUAAAGAUCAGAAAACAGUUCCUUAGGCAAAAUGAUAUUUUAAGUGUUCUUCAAGACCCAGAAGGCGGGGUAUCACAUGACCUUACUUCGGAAAGCUUUGAUACAUUUCCAGUUGUCUCCGUUGAUCCGUACAAUGAUGCAAAAGUGGACGAGACGCCAUGGGUACACACAACGAUUGGAAAAUACACACUUGGUGUUACAUUGUCGUUCGUUAUCUUGGCUAUAAUUGUUGCAGCGAUCAUUUACUGGACAAAGAAAAAGAGCAAGUCAAAUGUCGUUAAUGCAGAGAGAUCGCCGAAACCAAGCCUGUCCGUCCUCCCUAACACAAACAAGUUCAAUCCGAAGUAUAACAAUCUACGAAGAGCAUCAUCUACGGCUGAUCUGGUUCCGCUUGUAAGUGCUCUAAAGAUCCUAAGUGGUAUGACAGAAAAGCAGAGGAACAAACUAAUAGAGACAACUCUUGGCACCAAAGAAACACAAACAACAGAAGCUGAGAAAAAGAAUGAAGUUUCCUUUAAACCGAAGUUUCUUACCAACAAAAUGAAGACAUUGCCAUUCAUUAAAGUGUCGCAUCUCGACGAAGGUAACGACCUACGUAAACUAUCUCAAGAUGAUGAUAAGAUCGUUCCUCUCAACAACGCUGCUGCGACCAGUAAGCAGUCAACAGCAAGAACACCUAUCAUCUCAGAACCGAUUACGCCAUUUACUUCCAAUACUGAGGAAACAUGUGCACAGGCAUCGGAUACUCAAACACCGGAAGAAUUGGAACCAAGCAAAAACGGUGUUAACAAAACAGAAGUGCCAAAGCUGUCGAAUCUAGUGGUUCCGGACGAUGAUAGUUUGUCCAGCCUUGACCUUGAUGAAGUUGACUUGGUCAACGAUUCUGCAUCUGAUACAAACAGUACUUUGAAAACUGUCCAAACUCCAAAGGUUGACAAUGGUCCAAUAGUUAUUGGCGGGAAGGAAUAUGACGGUGUCGGUAAAGAUGUUACAACUGGUAAGAAAUAUCUUUACAAUACAAGAACUGGAGAUAAGAUCUACGUCACAGAUGAGAUAUUGAAAGGCGCUGUUGAGAAAAGGGAAAGCGUUGUAACCAAUGAUUUUAACGAAAGACACGGGGCCAAAAUGAGCACAUUUAAAAGACCCCCGAUACGUAGAAAAACAAGCAGGACGCGAUUUAGUACAACAACUAUUUGGGAAAUGAACGUUGAUGUUGAUCCUAAUCAAGAUGGUAAUGAAAGUUUAGAUGAUAAUGUAUUUGAUACGAGUAAAACAGAUAACAAAGAGUUGCUGGAUGAUUCCAAAACCAUAAGGAAACGACGAACUGGUGUGGACUAUACAAAAGGGAAACAAUGCGUUAAAUUCCAGACUGAUGACCACGAUAGAGAGAUUGACACAAAUUCACAAAAGAAAGACAGUGCCACAAGUAUUGAAAGCAUCGAGCUGGGCGAUCCAAGUAAAGAUGCCAUAAAAGAUGACAUUAAACCUGAAGACGGUGCUGUAAAUGCAGAAAAAUCUGCUUCCAAUGCAGAAAAGUCAAAUAACGAUGAGGAUGUCCCUGAUGAAAAAAACAACGAAGCUGAAACUAAUGCAAAUUCUACUGUGAAAACAAAGUUUGUGAGACCAAUUUACAAACCACUUAACCUUGAGAAUGUCACGUGCAAAGUUCCAAAAGGAAAAUCGGAGAAAAAAGAUUGUCUCGCAAAGGACCCAUUUUACGCCGGCUGGGCCAAAAUGGUUGGGAAAAGAGUAUCUACUAAAACAGUGAAAAGGCCUGAUGGACCCGCUAAAACUGUGACUGUUCGCCAAGGCCGUUCUCUACCGGCAAAUAUUGCAGGGCCUUUGUUGUCAAGUCAAGUACCAAUAUACAAACCGCAACGAUUAAUGACUCUCGAUAUUCCGUGAUGAAUUGCUUGCGAGGUCAAAUUUCUCUCUGUAGAGAAAAUUAAACACUCUAUCUUGUCUUCAUAAUUGAUAUUUUAGAGGACAUCAUUGUUCCCUUUAUACAGAUUUUUUUUAAUUUGAAUUUCCUUUUCCAGAAAAAUUAUAAAAAUUGGAAUUGUAAAAAAUGAGAGAUUUCACUAAAAUAUGCUAUUAUGAAUAGAUUUGUAUAAGAAGAUAUCAUCCAAUAUCCAUCAAUUGUUCGUUUGUAUAAAACUCAUUGUCAUACAUAUAAUCAAAUACUAUAGCAAUUUGUUUCCUUACUAAACUACACUAAAGUGCAUGUACACGCACGCAGUUUU